UUAUUCUGGACAAGACUUCAAAGGCCCUUGGACUUGAAGGAAAACCUGUGAAGCCCAUGCUUUCUACCAUGUAUGCAGAGAAUAAGGCUGCAGAUAGUUGUAAGACUUCUUGCGCGUGGUUUCAACAGUGAACAUAGGAUACCAUUACCGGAAACGUACACAAGAGAGAUCAUGCCUGCCAACAGAUCUCAUAUUCCGACACCGGAAAUUGCAAGAAGAUGGCCUCACUUGGAGAUUAUUGCAGAUGAACUUCUGCCUCUUACUGAUUGCAAGGUUGGAUUGGUUAUUGGCUACGACUGCAUGAAGGCUUUGACGCCUAGAGACGUUAUCGUUCAAUCUGUAGACGGACCUUAUGGUCAACGCACUGACUUGGGGUGGAGUGUUAUAGGCAUAGUAGAGAAUGACUGUUCAACGGAAUGGGAUGAGGACCCCAUAGGAAUUAGUCAUCGUAUUGUUACGUGCGAUGUGCCUGCAGAACUUUGCAGAUCUGAAGUUUCAAGACCAGACCAUGUUGUAUUUUCCUUAAGGAACAAGAUAAAGGAAGUAAUCAACCCUGAAGAGGUAGUUAGGAUGCUUGAAGUGGACUUUAGCGAGAACUCAAAUAGUUCUAAACACAUUUCCUACGAAGACAGAAAAUUUCUGGAUACCAUGGAAAAGGGGAUUCAUAAGCUGGAUGAGCAUUAUGAAAUGCCAUUACCUUUCCGAGAUGCUAUGCAAUACCUGAUCAAUAAUAGAGACAUGGCAUUACAGCGACUGCAACAUUUGCGGAACCGAUUUGCGAAGGAUGCACAUUAUUGCGAGCAUUACAUUUCCUUCAUGAGAGAAUUGAUUUUGAAGGGUUUUGCAUAAAGAGUACCGGAAAAGGAAAUCAACGUUGAUAGUGGACAAGCAUGGUACAUUCCACACCAUGGUGUGUAUCAUCCGCAAAAACCAGGAAAGCUGCGUGUAGUUUUUGAUUGCAGUGCGAAGUAUAUGGGCCAGUC